UCGUACUGUUUUAGUUUUGAUGUUAGAAGCAGAAAUUCUGAAUUCAGAAGUUCGAAUUGGGAUGUAGUUUUUUGGUGCAGAAACGAGAAAAUUCCCGUGAAUUUUAGGUUGAAGUUUCAUAGAUUAGUGCUGUAAUAAGUUUCAGUUCUUUAAGUGCAAUCAUUGAACUUCUUCUCUAUAUCUAAUACGCGGAUUUUUGUGAAUUUUGAAGUUGAGAAAACAACUCAUUCGAAACUCAAAAGUGGAAGAAGGGUUGAUUUAUUGCCUUAUAAACACCGUGUGAUCGACUGACACUAAAUAUGGCUAAACGGUGGAUAAAUGGAGAUGAGAGCGCAAAACAAAUGCUGGGAAGGGUUCUUAAAGAGAGACCAUUGCUGCUUCUGCCUCACCCCCUUCAUAGGAUACCUCUUGUUGUCAGCAACAUUGUUGAGAUUGUAGGCCCAUCUCCUUCUGCCAAAACUGAGAUUUUGCUGCAGGUGGCUGUUAGUUGCAUUCUUCCCAAGAGUUGGAAUGGGGUGCAAUAUGGAGGUUUGGAACAUUCUGUGUUGUUCUUGGACUUGGAUUGUCGACUUGACAUCUUUCGCCUUUCUCAUUGUCUAAAGCUACGAAUAACUGAAGCUAAUAGAUUGCACAAAAUCACAAAGAAACAAAAGGGUUUUGAUGUUUCUAACCAUAUUCCAGAGCAUCAAUGCAAGUAUGAUGACAUGGACUUGUUUACAGAGUGCAUGAAACGGUUUUCAUACACCCGAUGUUAUGAUAGUUUUGAGUUUCUUGCUGCUUUAAAGGUAUUGCAUCACAAACUUGAGAAAGAAAGAAACAUGGAUGGCAGUGGUGUUCAUGUCCUUAUGAUCGACAACAUUGGAGCAUUUUAUUGGAUCAAUCGUGGUUUCUCAUCACUGCCACAAGGGAACCCCAACAGGAAAAACUUUUCUCUUCAAAGUGUGUUUGAAACUGUUGUUCCUGAGAUUAAGAAGCUCUUGCUGCUGCAUCCCAUGCUUGUUUUAGCUACAAAGAUGGUUACAUAUCAAGUCAAAAGUUCAUAUUCUAGCUGGGUUUCAGGUGUUGCUUCAGAAGUGAACAUCGGAAAAGGCACCUAUCGUGAGUAUAUGCCAUCAAUUUGGCAGUCCUUUGUCACACACAGAAUUCUUGUGAGAGCUUCGGAUGACAAAAGAAAGCUCCAGGACCGAGUUUGCUAUUUGGCAGAGUGGUUAUUGCCGGCUCUAAAUCUCACAGAUGAGUUUGUUGUUGGGGACGCUGGAAUUUUGAUGUCGUUGUGAGGAUAACAACCCCACAAAUGGGCAUGAAAUUGAUUUUUUGACAAUUGAACAGUUUGCCUGAAGAGGGCUCUGCCUGAACAUUAAAUCCCAAGGGGACCUUUAUGGAGGUCUUAGAACUCUUUUACAACUCUGAUGACAAACAGUGGUGGAAAGACACACAAAGCAGAGAGAUUUCUUGUGGAUAACAGAUGGAGUUAGCCAAUGAAAAGCAUUUCCCAUGUAAUUUCUCUUCUUUUCAAAAGACAAGUAAAAACGUUUAAACUGGAAUUUUGUUACCAAAAUGUGUCGAAACUAGAUCAAUGCUAGAGGAGGGACAAAAGUCCUUGAAAAUGUGCAUUACUUCAUAUUUUUAGAUUGUAAAUUCUCUCAAGCCGUCAAUACUUCAUUCAAAAAUAGAGUUAAAAUGGUAAUCCUCUGUUAUUCAGAAUAUUUAUCAAAUGGUCAUUUUCUGUUUAGGACUUGAUUUAGACAGUUUGAAUCAUGAGACUCCAUCAUUUAGGACUGUCAAAUAUAUAGGUUUUAGGAUGAAGAUUUUUGAACAUCAUUUGUGCGUGAUUAUUGACCAGAUCCACGAAACAAAUCUCAAGUCCUUUAUUAUAGAGACAAGAUUCAAGAAAUGUUCCUAUUACCUCUAAUUAUGCUGAUUGCUGAGGAUAUUGUUCAUGUUUCGAUCUUAACAAUUGGCUGGGGAACUGUAAUCCAUGGACCAUAAAAAAGUGUUAAGAGGAUGUGAUGUGUGGGUUUCUGUUAACAGAAAAAGGAAUCAUCUGUUACUUGCACCAAGAUUGAAAGCUAUUUU